AUGGCAGGCAGACACUUAUUUCAUACAUCCGCCAAUCGGAGGAAAUUAGACACAGAUGAGAGCGCGCACACACAACCAACCAACACCCAACACCCCACCACCAACACCCAACACCCCACAACCGAGCCCACAACCACAACCACAGCCACAACCACAGCCACAGCCACGGAAACACCCGACAAAACAGUACCAACGCAAACGGCAGUGCAGAGGAUAGCUCAGUUGGAUCAGAAGGCCUUGGAACUGUAUGAGGCUCAUCCACUGUGCUUCCGUAACUUCCCCAUUGAUCUCAUCAACUGGCGCGUCACCCAACGGCCGGCACACAAACUAGCAUCAGCUUCACGCACAUGA